AAUAAAGAUCUUAUUAUUCAACAAAUUGAGAUUUUAAAUUUAGAAAUUUAGUGAAUUGUGCUAAUCACUGUUUUCAAGUGGAAUUAAGACUUACACACGUGCAAUGCCGAGAUGCUGCAAUGAGAAUAAAUCACUGAGGUUGGUGAGCAGUAAUCAGCAACACAACGCAGAAAAUAUUUUACUCACACAUUCCCGACCUUUCUCUAUCAGUGGUGGGGAACAAUUGGAUAUUGAAGAAGCGCCUGUUGUAGUUGUUGAGAGAUCUCAUAGAAGAGUUCGUUGUGAUCUCAGUCCAGUUCCAACUAAUACUAAUUCUGGAUUUAUUAAAUUAAUUGGUAUAAAGGACAAAUCCAGUAGACAAGAAAGUCAAUCAAGGUACAAUUGUGGAAGCAGUGGGCAUAGAGAUAAAGAAAAGGAGGCAAAGAAAAGAGCAGCUAUAGGCAACGCAGUGCGAGGACUUUUUCCUUCAGGCCAUAGUAGGCAGGACAGGUAUGAAACUAGCAGACAGCGAUCAUCAGGGGGAACAGGGGGUGGCGUUGGCCUUUCUGGAUUGUGUCCAAAGCUGGUCACAAAUACAGGGAAUAGUGGUCAAAGCAAUGUUGGCUUGGGUCACCAUUUAACCCCACAAGAAAGUCAAACAUCUUGUGGAGUUGUUACUUCUCAGAAAAAUCAGGGACAUCGUCGUAAUCGAAAAAUUUCUAUAAAUUCACAGGCAGCUAGUAGUAGUGGCUUGAGUAAUUUGGCUGAUCGCAAGUCAAGAUCCAGUCAAUUGGAGCAUGAUUCACAACCACCAGCACUAACAAUAACAAAAAAUGGAAUCUCAUUGAAUUCGCAAUCUACGAGACAAAAAAAUUCCCUUGAUCCUGUUGAAAAGUCUUUAGUGUCAUCUUUUGAUCAUGAAAACAAUCAUAGUUUCAGUGAUGCAGAGGAAGCAAUUACUGCUACAGAAAAUUUUUCAAGAAUAUCAAACAUUAUUAUGCCUUUGACGCCAAUGGGAAAGGGAAACUCUAGAAAAGUAAGUAAAGAGGAAAAGACUGCUGAAAAAAGUAUGUACUCGUCAAAUUCUGAGUCAAAAGAAGAUAAUGAUGGUAGCCAAAAAUUAUCGUCGGUUUCACAGGAAGGGAGAACCUCAACAGAAAAUAUAGUUCAAAGCUUCAAUGCUUCCCUUUCAUUUAAGAAAAAGCCAAAUUUAAAUGAAAAUACAAACGUUCGCGAAAAUAAACGAAAAACCUCCGUUUAUUCCCUAGUGAACUUUGAUAAAGAUGGUGCCAAUAGAAAAUCCAAUUUUAAACAAGAUAAUAUAGAUGAAGAUUGUACUCAAAAGGAUUCAAAUGUUAUUUUAGAAAUUUCUUGUAGCAAUCUAAAUGAACAAAAAAAUUUAAACGAAAGUAGCAUGCCGUCAACAUCGAGAAAAUCGUCUAAUGGAAAGUUAAAAUGUAAAAAUAUAUCAGUAGAAGUAAUGGACAAAAGUGAAAAAAACCGCUUGGAUAAUCAUGAUAUUGCCCAAGAUUGUUUUAAAAAUAUAAACAUUGAACAAAUAAAAAAUUUAAGAUUCACGACAUCCAGUGUUAUGAGAGAGUCAAUCGAUCUAGAAAGUAAAGAAUUUCGAGAAGAAUGUCAAAGAAAUGAAGAUGAAGAAGAAGAAGUCACUAUUUACGAUGAAGAUGAUAAUGGAACAAGUAUUAGUGAUAUAGUUGCAACUCAAGCACUUCAUGAAUCUUUGAGUAAAAUGGGUAAAGUUCUACCUAUGGGUUCUGAAAUUACAUUAAAAGAAAAUAUUAAAGAAGAAGUAAAGCCUGAAGAAAGUCAUCAAAAAGAUAUAACAGUACAGGAAGAGACAGUAGAAGGAUUCAUAGGACCACUUCUUGACGAGAAUUUUAAAACAGAUGAAAAGUUAGUUCAAAAAACUAUGGAAAUGGAUGAAGUAAGAAAUUUAUUAAUGAAAGUUAAAGUUCAGACAGUUGAAGAUGAUGAUGAUGAGGAAAAAGCUGUAGGAAUUUCUCCCGAUCAAAGAUUUUUGAAAUUUGAGGAAGAAAUAGGUCGUGGUAGUUUUAAAACUGUUUAUAGAGGUCUAGAUACACAGACUGGUGUAGCUGUUGCAUGGUGUGAAUUACAGGAGAAAAAAUUAAACAAAAUAGAAAGACUGAGAUUUAGAGAGGAAGCUGAAAUGUUGAAAGGCUUACAACAUCCAAAUAUAGUUAGAUUUUAUGACUACUGGGAAGUAACACUUACAAGACGAAAAUAUAUUGUUUUAGUAACAGAACUUAUGACUUCUGGCACAUUAAAAACGUAUUUACGAAGAUUUAAAAAAAUUAAUCCCAAAGUCUUAAAAUCUUGGUGUCGACAAAUCUUAAAAGGACUUGCAUUUCUUCAUUCAAGAUCGCCACCAAUUAUUCAUCGUGAUCUGAAAUGCGAUAAUAUUUUUAUUACUGGAACUACAGGUAGUGUAAAGAUUGGCGAUCUUGGUCUUGCAACAUUAAAAAAUCGUAGUUUUGCAAAAAGCGUUAUUGGAACACCUGAAUUCAUGGCACCUGAAAUGUAUGAAGAACAUUAUGAUGAAUCUGUGGAUGUUUACGCUUUUGGUAUGUGUAUGCUAGAGAUGGCGACUAGUGAAUAUCCAUACUCUGAAUGCACAGGCCCUGCACAAAUAUAUAAAAGAGUCGUAUCGGGUGUAAAACCACAAAGUUAUGAUAAAGUAGAAAAUCCAGAAGUACGAGAAAUUAUAGAAAUGUGUAUACGAUUGAAAAAAGAAGAAAGACCAUUAGUAAAAGAUCUUUUAAAUCAUGAAUUUUUCGUAGAUGAUAUAGGGCUCAAAUUAGAAAUGGUAUCGCGUGAUACUGCAGUUGCAGAAGCAGAAUUAUCACGUGUCGAAUUUAGACUCAGGGUUCUUGAUCCAAAAAAAAGAAGUAAUAAGCAUAAAGAAAAUGAAGCUAUUCAAUUUGAUUUUGAUAUAGAAGUUGAUAAUGCUGAGGAAGUAGCAUCUGAAAUGGCAAAAUCAAGUCUUAUUCUCGAAGAAGAUGCUAAAACAGUAGCAAAAAUGCUUAAAUCUCAAAUUACAGCAUUAAAAAGAGAAAGAGAAGAAAGGAAAUUGAAAGAAGAAAAGGAACGUCAAGAUGCAGAAACGACAGCGGCUAAUGAAAGCAUUUUGCAAAACCACUUAUUAAUACAGCAAAUGCAAGUUCAGCAACAACAAACUCAACCAGGAAUAAAUAUUCAGCAGGUUCCAAAUUCAGUGCAAAUUCAACAUAGUUUACAACCACAACCUGUUCAACUUGUUCAACAACAGCCUAUGAUCCAACAACAAACUUCAGUUAUACAGCCCCAACAAGCACAACAAAUUCAGCAACUUAAUCAACAACAGCAGCAACAGGUUCAAUAUCAGCAACAGCAACAACAAUAUCAGCAAAUGACCCAAGUAUCUCAAACAAUGAGUGGAAAUUCUUCACAGUGUUCAACACCACAAACAGUACCAGCUCAAACACCUUUUUCUCAAGUAACACAACAACAAUUACAACAACAAUAUAUACAGUUGAAUCAAAUGGGAAUAACACCACAGCUAUCACAUCCUCCACAAACAAUGCAGAUUCCACAAAUUCAACAAACUAUUCAAUACACGCAAACUCAGGUACAGCAUGUACAACAAAUACAACAAACUCCUGUUGCUGGUUCAUCCACAGUUCCAAAUAUACAGGCACAGUCAUUUUAUCAUCAAGGAACUGCUACUAUGCCAACUUAUCCACCAUCUCAAAUUUUUCAACAAAAUGUAUCUCAACCGAUUUUUCAUGGUUAUGCAACAAACUCUACCAGUGGACAUAUUGAUGUUUUACCAAAUCAACCACCUCAACAAGUAUAUACUACUCAUUCUAACCCAUCUGGAAAUAAUACAGUAGCUACAUCUAUUAGUUAUAUUCAGCCGAUGCAAGUUCAAGUUUCUUUACCACAACAGACUUCGUCAAUUUCAAAUAUUCAAACUGCACCAGGUUUAAUUACAAAUGGAGCACAUCAAUCUCAAGCUCCACAGAAUAUAAUGAUGCAAAUGCAAUAUUCACAAGGUACUACUAUUGUACCACCUGCAACUUCAAUGACUCAAAAUUUAAAUGCUGUACCACAAGGAUCUAAUAAUUCUCAACAGCAGCAGUCCAUACAGCAAUCGCAAUGUGCAGCACAACAAAGUGUACAACAAUCCAUACCGCAGCAGCAACAAAAUAUACAGUCAAUACCACAACAACAGCAGCAACAAAAUAUACAACAAUCCAUACCGCAGCAGCAACAAAAUAUACAAUCAAUAACACAACAACAGCAGCAACAAAAUAUACAAUCAAUAACACAACAGCAGCAGCAGAAUGUACAACAAUCAAUACAGCCACAACAGCAGCAACAAAGUGUACAACAAUCAAUACCGCAACAACAGCAGCAACAAAACGUACAAUUAAUAUCACAACAACAAAAUAUACCGCAACAACAAAUUAUACAGCAAUCAGUAUCGCAAAAACAAAGUAUACAGCAAUCAAUACCACAACAACAAAGUAUACAACAAUCGAUACCCCAACAGCAACAAAAUAUACAACAAACAAUACCCCAACAACAACAAAGUAUACAACAAUCGAUAUCCCAACAGCAACAAAGUAUACAACAAUCCAUACCCCAGCAGCAACAAAAUAUACAACAAUCAAUAUCUCAACAGCAACAAACUAUGCAACAAUCAAUUUCGCAGCAACAACAAAGUAUGCAUCAAUCGAUAUCACAACAGCAACAACAGAGUAUACAACAACCAAUAUCACAACCGCAAUCAACAUCUAUACAACAACAAUCUUUAUCACAACAGCAGGUUGUAUCCCAACAACAAGCUAUAUCACAACAGUCACAGCAAUCAUCUAUACAACAUCAAAUACUUCAUCCACAUUUACAGCAACAUCAACCACCUCUGCAACAACAGAAUUUUCAUCAAGUAACAGAGACAGUGAUGGUAGAAAGAACCCUUGUAAAACAAGAAACUUUGGAAUUACCAAAUUCUGUGUCAUUAGAAACUGUUUCAAAUGUACAAGAAAUUCAAAUAGCAUCUGGAACUAUACCUAUAACAACGGAUGGAAACCCAUCUGAAAUUCCUGAUAAUUCAACUUUGACGACAAUGACUACAGAAAAAAGCAAGAUCAAACGAACAGGAACAAAACGAAAAAAACCAGGAAUAAAAUUAACUGUACUCUCGGUCAGUAAUGUUGAAAGUCAUGCGAUAUCUGUAGAAUGUCAACUAGAUACUAGUAAACAAAAGACCGUGACGUUUAAAUUUGAUCGAGAUGAAAUGGUUCCAACUGAUAUAGCAAAUAAUUUGGUAGCAGAAAAUCUACUACCUCAAUCUCAACGCGAAACUUUUAUUGAAUUAAUAGAAGACAUUGUCAAACAAUUACGUCUUGAUCCAUCUUUAAAUCUACCGCUAGUUGCCCAUGGACCGCCUGAUCAAUCAGCUGGUGGUAGUCCUGUUACAAGUCGUAGACCUCGAGAACGUGAUCACAGCCUUGACAUGUCAAAGCAGGUGAGACAUGGCUCGCUAACUCGACAAAGCAGCCACCGUUCUUCAUACAAAGUUCAUCGUAGGCACCGUUCGAGAGAUGAAACUUCAAAUGCUUCUACACCAACAAAAAUGUUGCCAAUUGAUCAGAUACUAUCACACAUUACAAAUGCUGCUCUAUCGGAAAAAACAGAAACUACUCCAGGAAUGAUCGAAACUCAAGUUCCUCCGAGUACAGAAUCGGCUGAAGCGUCAAGACGUUCAUCUACUUCAACACAAAAUACUGACAUUCUAACGCCUACAAAUGCUAUUGAUUUAUUAGAUAGUCAAGAAAGUAUAAUUUCUACAACUUCAGCUAUAACUGUAAUUGAAGCUGAUAGUUAUGGUCAAGAAUUAAAAUCAGAGAUGUCUAAUAAUAUCACAGGAUUAUUACCUGAAUCUACUAUUAAAUCUGUACAAGAAGUUGACCCUAUAGCACAAAAAAAUGAAAAUGUUACACUCAUAGGUAAUGAAUCAAGGGAAGAAAUUAUUCAAAAUCAACAAGAAUCCCAAGAUGAAAAUUUAAAUAGGAAUACAAUCAAUUUGGAGAAUAUUGAAAGUCAAAAGUUUACGGCCCCGCCAAUGCGAAAAAUUUCGCGUUUUCUUGUUAGUCCCGUAAUUGAACAAAAAUCUGUAGUUUCCGAAGGAGAAAUGACAAUUCAACAUGAAGUUGUAGAAAAAAUGACUGUUUCAAUAAAACCAGAAACAAUUGGAGCUUCUGAAACUAUAAUACAUUCUAACUAUACGGAAAAUGUACAGAGUACUAAAACAUCUAUUGAAGAAAUUGAUACUGGGGCUCAACAAGCAAUAAUUCAACAACAAUCACAAACAAUGCAACUUCUUCAAAAUUCUGUGCAAACAAAAAUGGAUGCAACUCAGAUAAAUAAAAUACCAACUCAAAAUUCUACUACCGGUUAUAUGAUCCAUACAAAGCAAGGUGCUGCCAAUGAUAUUGACUCAGUAUUACAAAGUCAACAAAAUACUGUCGUGACCACUCCAAUUGUCGAUAUUCAACAAAAUCUUUCAAUAGCUUCUAUACCAAUACAAAAUCCAAGAAUAAUACCACACGUAGGUCAAAUGCAACAUGAAAUUUCAAUACCAUCUCAAAUACAACAGUUGCGACAACCACAACACGUUAAUAUUCAAAAUUCAGCUCAAAUUCUUCAGCAGCCAAAUACAGAUGAACGAAAUCGUCGAAUUUCAAAUAUAUCAAAUAACUCAAAUAUUUCUACUGAUUCACAGCAAUCAGAAACAAAUAAUGUAAAUAUGGAAGAAAGAAAAGUAUCUGGUAUAUCAAAUCAACAUAUUCAGCAACAGGCAUAUUUGAGUCAGCAGUCACAAGAUGGCAUUUCUAAUGGUAUUCAGAUAGCAAAUGGUACUGUAGAAACUGCUCAACAAACGCAACAAGUUGCUCAUCAUAAUGCUUUGCAUACAACACUAACAGGAAUUUUGCCUUCUGCUAGUACUCAAAUUCCAUCUCAAACAACUACAGUGACUGAAACUGCACCAAAAACCAAAGUGAAAGAAGUGUCAUCGACACUGCCAGAUCUUGCUCAAAACUUAGCAAAUAUUUUAUCAAAUCCUAAAUCAAAAUCUGCCCAUUCCAUGGCUCAAGGUCACGAGCCACUUCAAAAUUCCACAGUUAUGCAACCAGUUCUUCAUUCCGAACAAUACUUUCAGCCAAUACAACCUGAAAUAUGUAUGCAAAAUCUACAAAUUCAACAUCAAUUACAACAAAAUAUGCAACAGACAAUACAAGCACAAACGAAUUUUCCAUCAAACAUUCCAACUCAAACGCCCAUUUUACAACAAGGAUUAAUGCAAGUUGUUUCACAAGCCAAUGUUCAACAACCUAUUGAUACGCAACUACAAUCGCAAAUUCUACAUAAUCAGCAACAUAAUUUACCAUCCCACACUGCUAUACAAGGACAAUGGGUAGUUCCAUCUUAUGGAACUUUACCAGGACAAAAUAUUAUUCAGCUUCAACCCAUACAGCAUGUUCAUGUGAUACAAAGUCAAGCAACCUUACAGCAUAUGAUGCCAAUGCAAAUUCAACCUCAGACUCAGAUACAACAUCAACAAAGUAUAUCAGAAUCUAUUGAUAAUUCAAUGUUAAUUGAACAACAGAAUUUACAACUGAAACUUCCAGAGGCUAAACAUAUAGCGACAAAAACUGAUGAUAUAAAUCCUGAAUGUAAUAUUAGUCGACGUACUAGCUCCGAUUGUCAAGUAAUUUCUUCAGAAAAUGAAUAUUCCAGUCAUGACAUAACUCCAGAGCACACUCUUGUUGAAUCAGUAGAAACCACUAAUUAUCAACAACAAAUGACACGAGAGCAACAUCGAAAGUUGAGCCAACAAAAUUCUUUAGAUAAACCGACGGAGAGUUGUAUAGGGGGACCACAAACUAUUGCCGAUUUGCAACAAAAAUUGGUACAAUUAACUAGUCAGCCGUCAGAAUCUUUGAUUGUUAGUACACCGCCAAUCAGUCACCCAGCAACACCUCAUAUUCAACAAAUAACAAGCAUACAAGAUGCACAUGUGAUUACUUUACAACAAAAAUUCGGCACUAUACCUGGUAUACCUGCCACUGCUUUUCAACCGCUAACUUCCCUUUCUCCUCAGUCUACAAUCCAUUCUGGUCAUUCUGUAUUUAUUAAUGAAAACAGUAGUGGGCUUGAUAAUUCCAAUCUAGAUCUUGAAAGUCCAACUCCAGUAUCAGGAGGAGGUGUCUUAUGUACUCAAGAAAUGGCUAGUCCAAAUAAAGAAAAUGCUAAAUCUCGUAUGCAAAGACCUGGUUGUCGACUGCAAGAGCUCGAGCAUGAACUUGCAAAAAUUCAUCAAAAAUCUUCUAUUACAGCAACAUCAUCUUCUCAAAAUUCAAUAAUCUCUGCACCAAUGACAAUGAUUUAUUCUGCACCAGCUCAAAAUCUACCGUACCAACAACAAGCACUUCUUCCAACUAUUCAACCAUUAAAUAAUGUGUCAGUAGCCCCUGUUGCAUCUAACGUCGUUACAUCCCUCUCUAAUGCUGAAACUUUCAUCUCGCAUGAAAAUCAAGACAAUUCUUCUGUCACUGCCGUAGAGCGCAUCACGCUUAAUCAGCCAGUGAGAAAAAUCUCUAGGUUCAUGGUUUCAAAAGUGGCUGGUCCACCUACGAAUGAAACAUCAUCACAAAAUCAGAGUUUAGACGACGGAAAAAAUGUGGAGAGUAGAACAUGUAUAGGAUCCUGUCAUACUGAUGAACAUUCAAAUGGUGCAACGCCAAUCCAAAUGUUACAUAGUCGAGAAGGUUCUGCUCCUCCAAUUCAAAAUUCAAUUUCGAGUAACGUUCCCUUAUCUGAGCAAUAUGAAAAAGAAGAAAGAUUCCCAUCGCUAACCCCUAGUGAAGAAUAUCAACUUCUUAUAAAAAGGCAAACAAUGGAAUUGGAAACUCUUCAAAGAAGGCAUAGAGAGGAAUUAGAGCGCUUUCAACAACACCAACUGCAAUUAUUGAUACAACAACAGCAGCAAGCUAGUGCUUUUCAUCAACACCACCCUUUACUUUAUCACACUAUAACAGGUCAAUCUAGGGUACCCGGGUUAGAAGAUUACAUAAUGUUUAGUCCAGCGACACAAACACCAAUGCAGCGAAAGCUGAGCUAUUCCCCGGACACGGAGGAGACACUGCGGCUGGCCACGCAGAAAUUGAAGCAGCCGGCGCAGAGCGCCGGCUCGGCUAUUCCUCACGCUUACGUCAUACCAGUGCCAAUAGUGCCUUCGGAAAAUCUCCAAAGCAUCUCAAGCUCCGCUCAGACGUCGGCCACGAGUGAGAUACCGGAUGUCGGAGUUGUGUCGACCAAUGGCCCAACAACCCAGGUGCUCGGACAGUCGCAGUAUCAAUUUGGUCCUACUACGUUGCCAGACGUCACAACACAGGGAAGCUCGACGAGUACUCUAGUCACAAGCGCAAUGGCCGGGAGCUCGGCCGGCUCGACUGGCUACAUUCACUACCACGAGCCGGCGUUGCAGGCCUUUAGCUACGCACCGCACGGCAGUUUCUUUUUGCCUGCUGGCUAUCGGCUCAUCUACGCCCCGCAGACGGCCGGUGCGACGCCACAGAUGCAGCCCGCUACGCCAGCAACGCCGCAACUUGGCAACAGCUCCAACGAUGGCACCCCACCUGGGGAGCCCCAGCAGUACAGCACCGAGUCGCAGCUGGAUUAAUCUUUUUCCUCUACCUGCCUGCCUGUCCGUCUGUCUGUUUCUGUCUCUCUGUCUGUGUGUCCGUCUGUACGUUUGUCUGUAUGCACGUAUGUACGUUUGUCUUUUUGUAUGUUAAAUUGUCGAAUGUGUACGCGAGCCUCUGAGACGAAGGCAUCUCAAGCUGGUGUAUGUCUACACUCUUGAACACGCCGAACUUUUAUCUAAUUAUCUUAAAUCUUUCUUCACUUAUUUUGAACGAUGAAAAAUGCUGCGCAUUUUGAUUGAUUGUAUGU